UUCGAUUCGCCAUGGAUGGGAAUCCCACAAGUUAGUCGCGUGUAUGUACUGUAUGCCAUCCGUAGCACACUUCAGCAUUAGGUAGUGAUACAGCAUAUUAUCACAUUGUUGCGAACAGUAGUUACAUUUACAUUGUUUCCAUUUUUGUAAGUUUAGCAUUUCGGUCGUGAUGGACGCUCUCCUCUCCAGACUCUUCUCCUCGGAAGAGGAGGAACUGUACAUUUUGGAUUGUAUGGCUUACUCCAUGGUUUUCAUGGCAGCCUGCACUUUCGUUACUUUGCUCUUCGAAAAUGUCCCAUACGGACGAUAUGCUACCAGCAAAUAUGGAUUUCCAGUUAAUGUCAAGUUUGCCUGGUUCGUUCAGGAGAUGCCUGCUUUCCUUGUGCCUUUGUGUCUGGUAGUUUGGACCUCCUCUGCGAAAACGUCCCUGUUGCCCAACCAGCUGCUUAUUGCCAUGUAUUUUUGCCACUAUGUGCAGAGAUCCCUUAUUUAUCCAUUUUUAAUCAGAGGAGGUAAAUCUACACCAUUCAUCUCAUUUGCCCUGGCCUUUGUUUUCUGCAUCUAUAAUGGCUACAUGCAGAUCAGGUACCUGAGCCAUUAUGCUGAGUACCCUGCAGACUGGGUUACACAUCCAUGCUUCAUCACUGGGUCUGUACUGUGGUUGGUUGGCUGGCUGGUGAAUGUGCACUCUGACCACAUCCUGAGAAACCUGAGAAAGCCCAGAGAGACUGGUUACAAGAUUCCCAAAGGUGGAAUGUUUGAAUAUGUGUCUGGGGCCAACUUCUUAGGAGAGAUAACAGAGUGGGCUGGCUUUGCUCUGGCUGGCCACUCUGUUCACAGUUCAGCUUUUGCCAUCUUUACUACAGUGGUCCUCGCCAGCAGGGCUGUGGCCCACCACAAAUGGUACCUUGCUAAGUUUGAAGACUAUCCGAAAACCAGGAAGGCCUUGAUUCCAUUCCUAUUCUAGAAAACACUCUAGAAAACUGGAAGCCAGAAAAGGUACUGUAUUUGCUUACAACUGCUGAGAGGAAGAUUCCCCUUUUUUUCUAAUUUAGGAAAGCUCUGAUGUCAGAACAAACCUCAAAGAUACUUUUCUUUUUCAUUGAGAACAGAUUAAGAAACAGGUUGCAUGCUUGUAAAUGAUCUCAUCUGAGCUGCAAGCAAGCAACAGUUAAAAGCUAUCAUCUUAAAAAGAUUUUUACUGUUGCCAUUACUUUGGUAAUAAUGUCCAUAAAGCACCAAGAAACUUCAACAACCACGAACUGAAUGUACUGGGAGUGUUGUGCUUGCAGGGGAAGCAACACUUAAUGCUCCUCCAAAGGAAAUAAGAUAGUGAUUGGAGCAUGCCUCAACAGCAAUACAGUGGAUUUAUAACACCCUGCACCAGCAGUAAAUGGUUCUAAGACUUCUCCACUGAUCUGCAUAUUCUCCCAGACGGAACAUAAACUCAGAAAUGCAAAGCAGACAUUUAAACUUUUCAUUCAUCCUCAAGAGUUGUGUGUUGAAAAUCUGCAAACAACUCUUUAGCAUCCACUCGAAUUAAACUGAUGAAAAAGGGACCUUGAAUUAACUCUUAACACAUUUUCCUGCCUCUGCUUUUCUACUUACCUCAUAAUUUGCAACUCCUCAUACAGAAAUCGCUUUGGAACAAAAGGUAACUGCAUCUCUGUACUGUAAAGUAGUGGGCCUGUCCCCAUCUGCUGGGCUGCAGGGAAAUCAAAUGGAGAUCAAGAAUGGCCCUCAAUAACUCACCCAUGCCUGAAAUGAGAAGAGGAGAGCGUUGGCUCAACACAUCACUUCUGUCAAGGGUGUCUUAGAGAGAGUAAAGAAGAACUGGUGAAGAAAUGAGAGGGGAAAGUGAUACUGAUUGGAUGAAGUUGUGUGGGAUUGAAUGAAAAGGAGGAGACAGGAAGAAUAGAGAGGAAAUUGAAAAAUGUAUAUCGAUCAUAACCUCUCUUUUGCUCUACCUCUAGUUCAUAAUUAUGUUUACCAUGAGCCAAAUAAUCUUGUCACUGUAAUGUAGGACUAUUCUUGAAUUAGGCCUUAUUUUGUAAAUGUGACCUGCCUUACAUUCAGUGUUUCUCAAAAUAGGUUUACAGUUGAAACAAGUGCACUGGCUCACUCACUUAAGAAGCUAGACAGAUCACUGUGUACUGCAUGCAGUGGGUUUAUACUGAAGCUUUUCAUAGUGCACCUGUUCCAAAAAGUGUCUGCUGCAGUUUCUUCCCAUAACUUAUUGGUUCUCUCUUUCUCAGUGAAGGACGUUUUCCAACACCAGUCAUAGCCAAGGUCAUGACAUUCUGAAUUUUUUUUAAUAUGUUGUAUUGAAAAUAAAUUUAUUUUGUCAUUAUUUUUA